UCAAAUGCAAAAACAAACAAAAGUUACGGAUCGGCGGACUAUAUCUCGUGCUCUCGAUGUGAACCUGGCGCGUUGCGCAUAAUAAAUAAUAUAAAUCAAGAUACCAGAAACCGCUUAUCAGUGAAUUCGCUUGCAGUUGCAUAACUCGUUGCCAAAAAAAGAAAGAAGGAAAGAAAAAAAUAACAACACUAACACGUAAAAAGUUCUCGUAAGGUUUUCGUGGCGAAGGAGACGACAGAAAGAAAGCUCGAAAAACAAGGGGCGAAAGGAGAGUGCAGUUAGUGCCCCCUUUGGGGCCCGCCGCCGCCGCCACCCCCACCGGUCACCCCGGCCCCCCUCGACGCCCACGCGACGUGCCUUAUAGGAAGUAUUUUUUCGGUUUUGUGUGCGCGUUAAUUGCUCAGGAAUUGCGUUACGUAUUCCCGCAAGACCCGCAGAGGAGCGAAGAGCAAACUAUGGCCCAGAAUACAGCAGAUACCUUCAUCCAUCUGAUUGCCGGCGGUUCCGCUGGCACUGUGGGCGCUGUGGUCACAUGUCCAUUGGAGGUGGUCAAGACGCGUCUGCAGAGCUCCACAGCCUUCAUGACGCCGGCUCGUGUGGUGGAGAAUGCCGGCGGACCGGCGAAUGGCGGGCAAUCGGAGCUAUUGCGGCCGGAACAACGACGUAAGCUAAGCACAACGAUAUUACGUAACAGAUCACAGCCACAGGUGAUUGGGGGUGUGCGUAGGAUUAUGGCCAUUUCGCAUUGUGGCAUCUCAUCGACAACGCCAAAAUCCAUGAGCAUCGUCCAGUGUCUAAGACAUAUUGUUCAGAACGAGGGUCCUCGGGCUCUGUUCAAAGGUCUCGGUCCGAAUCUCGUGGGCGUGGCCCCCUCCCGUGCCAUCUACUUCUGCACCUACUCCCAAACCAAGAACACGCUCAACAGUUUAGGCUUCGUUGAACGUGACUCGCCGCUGGUCCAUAUAAUGAGUGCUGCCAGCGCUGGUUUCGUUUCCUCCACAGCCACGAAUCCCAUUUGGUUUGUAAAGACAAGAAUGCAGCUGGACUAUAAUUCCAAAGUCCAGAUGACGGUGAGGCAGUGCAUCGAGCGGGUGUAUGCCCAAGGCGGCAUUGCAGCCUUUUACAAGGGUAUCACCGCCAGCUAUUUUGGUAUCUGUGAAACCAUGGUGCACUUUGUCAUCUACGAGUUUAUAAAGUCCAAAUUGCUGGAGCAGCGAAAUCAAAGGCAUACAGACACCAAGGGCUCACGUGAUUUCCUGGAGUUCAUGAUGGCCGGCGCCGUGUCCAAGACAAUUGCCUCCUGCAUCGCCUAUCCCCAUGAGGUGGCUCGCACGCGUCUGCGUGAGGAGGGCAACAAAUACAACUCCUUUUGGCAGACCCUUCACACGGUGUGGAAGGAGGAGGGCAGAGCAGGACUGUAUAGAGGCCUGGCCACGCAGCUGGUGCGACAGAUACCCAACACGGCGAUCAUGAUGGCCACCUACGAGGCUGUUGUCUAUGUCCUAACCCGGCGCUUUAACAACAAGUCGAACGAGUUUUACGACUUUUAGGGAGAGAAUCCCAACUAAGAAGUUAACACGCAACGACGACGACGACAAGGAGGAACCCAAUCUGUGCAUAUGUAGACGCGACUGCUGCAACUUAACUGUAAUCGUAAACCCCGUUUUUUGUAGACGAUCUAAACCAACGAGCGCAAAUUCUGAGUUAACUAGCUUCUAAGUCACAACCAAAACGCGAAAACGAACUCAAUAGACUUGAGACGUUAGACGUUGAACGAUCGAAGUCCACCCACUUAACCCUUAAUCUGCUCUAUAGAAAGGACGAUCCGCAAAUAGCUGUCUGCACAAUGAUAGUUUUGUUCGAUGGAUUCACCGGAAACGUUAUCAAAAUUUUGAAAAGGCUGCUAUUAAGUUAAAGAUACAAAAUAUGUAUAAAUGUGGUUGAUAUUUUAAUAAAAAAAAACAGAAGAAAUAAUGUAAAUAUAGGAUUCAAUUCGCUCAGAGUGUAUUGUAAAUAGAUAAACAAAAAAUGAGUCAGUCGACUGGCGUACGCAAUAGCUCCCCUAGUUUUUGUUAGUUUCUAAGCACAAAAAAUGUUGAAGCCGACCGUAACCGAUACGUAACUCUAAUCGUAAUUGUAAACGUUCACGUUAAGUUUCCUCAAAUGCGAUAUAAAUUUUAGUUACUCUUAAAGCAUACUUCCGAUUAUCAUUAUGAUUAUUAUUAUUAUUAUUAUUACUAUUACUAUUAUUAUUAUUGCUGUUUAUUUAGUCCAUUAGUUGAUUAGUUUAGUGAGCUCUUGGCAAGAGCUGUAGUUGCCCCCCAAAACCGUAUUUCAUUGAUAACAAAGAGCAAAGAAUGAAGAAAACUACUGUGAAUAAUUGAUUGCAAUCUGAUUUAAUGGUGAAAUCAAUAAAUACAACAAUUUUGUUUAAAAAUA